CGGGAUGCUGCUGGCGGCGGCGGUGCGGGAGCGGGUGGCGGCGGUUCACGGGGGUGUGGGGCUGCCCGAGUGCUUGCGGCUGUACGAUGGUUGGGCCGCCCGCUACGAGCAGGAUGUGGCGGCUCUGGAGUACCGGGCACCGCACUUGGCCGCCGCUUCGCUCGCCUUCGCCUUCCCCACACCGCCCGCUGAGGCGCGGCUGCUCGACGUGGCCUGUGGCACCGGGCUUGUAGCACGGGAGCUCCACCGCUACGGCUUCCGCUGCCUGCACGGCGUGGACGGCAGCGCGGGGAUGCUGGAGCGGGCACGGAGCACGGGACUCUACCAGGAGCUGCGGCAGUGCGUCCUGGGCAGGGAGCCCCUGCCCGCCCCCGCAGAGCACUACGACGCCGUGACGCUGGUGGGGGCUCUGGGCGAGGGGCAAGUGCCGAGCGCGGCCGUGCCGGAGCUGUUGCGUGUCACCAAACCGGGAGGCUUUCUGUGCCUGACAACCAGGAGCAACCCCUCGAACCUGCGGUACAAGGCAGAGCUGGAGGCGGUGCUGGAGGAGCUGGAGAGGCAGGGAGCCUGGCGAAAGGUGCUGGCGCAGGAGGUGGAGCGCUGGGAGAAGGCCACCUCCGAGGAGGAGAGCACGCAGGGCACCGGCUACAUCUCUGGUGUGGUCUAUGUCUAUUGGAAAUGCCCUGUGCCCCCUCUCGAGGAGGGCUGAGAGCCAACGGGCUCUGGGCUGGGGACCCACCUGGCUGUCCAGAACCAUCUCCAGUCUGGAAUGUCUUCUGCAUAUCCACCUCUCAGCCCUCAUGGUCAAAAUCUGGAUUCUUCUUCAUCUUCCCCACCCCAGACCCCUGUGGUCUUCACCUGUGGACUGCUGGAAGAGGGUCCUGUGGUUUCCCACCCUUGUAUCCCCAGGAGUUAACCCAGCACACCCUGAGGUGCAGGGGAACUCCACACCCAGACCAGGAGCUGCUGUGCCAAGAUGACACCCAGCCAGAGAACCUUUCAAAGUGCCACAUCAGCCUUUCACCCUACAGCAGCUGCUUAAGCUUCUCAUUUUCAUCCUACAGCUUUGUAGUUAAUGGUCUGGGUGGGAAAUAAGGUUGGAAGGGACUUGAGGAGCCGCCCAGCGUCUCCUGCCCAGCCUGUUUCCCAAGCCCCUCACCAUGCUGCCUCCACUCUUCCCCUCCACGGCUCCCUUGGGAAGCUUUUUACCCAAAUCUCUUGCUGGGAUAUUCCUUUUUUCCCCUUGUCUGUUCCCCACACCUGUUCCUGCUCAUCCGGUUCCCAUGGCCCUGGGGAACAGGUUACUUCCUUCCCCACACAAGCUCUUGUGCCUGUAUCUAUCCCCAUCUCCCAGCCAGAGCAUCCCAACCUCCCAAACUCAUGCUGCCCAUGUCAUUCCUCCCCAUUGCCCCCCACCCCCCCCGACCAGAUCUUGGGGUCCCCCUCAUGGGUAGCUGCCCUGCUUCCCUCUCCCCCCUCUUUGUCCCCAGCACUGUCCCCUGGGCAGCUGGGUGUUGUGGCUGUCCCCAUCCUUGCACUUGGCUGUUUAAUAAACCCCUUAUC